UUCUGACGUUGUCCGCGUCCAUCCCCCCGAGCGUCUGGCCCGGCCCUUCGAACCGGCUCGCCUUCGAAUCCGUGUUUUGCCGUUUGUGAGCGUUCGGAACCCCCGUCUUAAAGAUAUAGCGCACGCGCUUCUGAGACCGAAAAUUCGACCGUGGUGGAGCCGGAUGGGACUUUGAGGAAGUUUGCUGAACUUUAUGUGCAUCCAAAUGUGGGGCUAAAAUGUCCUCUUCAUGCCAUUCCAGAGAAAAAUAGUAAGACAACCAGGAAGGUACCCAGCCACAGUAAAUGAGUGGUGGAUUGGCCCCAAGUAAAAGUACAGUGUAUGUAUCCAACUUGCCCUUUUCCCUGACCAACAAUGACUUAUACCGGAUAUUUUCCAAGUAUGGCAAAGUUGUAAAGGUUACUAUAAUGAAAGAUAAAGAUACCAGGAAGAGUAAAGGUGUUGCAUUUAUUUUAUUUUUGGAUAAAGACUCUGCACAAAACUGCACCAGGGCAAUAAACAACAAACAGUUAUUUGGUAGAGUGAUAAAAGCAAGCAUUGCUAUUGACAAUGGAAGAGCAGCUGAGUUCAUCCGAAGACGAAACUACUUUGAUAAAUCUAAGUGUUAUGAAUGUGGGGAAAGUGGACACUUAAGUUAUGCCUGUCCUAAAAAUAUGCUUGGAGAACGUGAACCUCCAAAGAAGAAAGAGAAAAAGAAAAAAAAGAAAAUUCCUGAACCAGAAGAAGAAAUUGAAGAAGUAGAAGAAAGUGAAGAUGAAGGAGAAGAUCCUUCUCUUGACAGCCUCAGUCAGGCCAUAGCUUUCCAGCAAGCCAAAAUUGAAGAAGAACAAAAAAAGUGGAAACCCAGUUCAGGGGGUCCCUCAACCUCUGAUGAUUCAAGACGCCCAAGGAUAAAGAAAAGCACAUAUUUCAGUGAUGAAGAAGAACUUAGUGAUUAAAAUUAUAUUUAUUAUGUAAAUAGUUAAAAAAUUUAAUCUUAGAGUACCAAGUUCAGUUGGGACUAAAGAUUGUUUUUAGAAUUCAAUCAUAAAAAUACUUAAUGUCAAGUAAUUUUUUUACUAUAAAAUAGUUCACCCUAGCCAGAUAGUUGAGUUGGUUAGGGCAUCAUCGCAGUUCACCAAAGUUGUGGGUUCAGUCCCCAAUCAGGGCACAUAUAAGAAUCAAUCAAUAUAUGCAUAAAAAAGUGGAACAUCAGCCUGGCCAGCAUGGCUCAGUGGUUGAGCAUCAACCUAGGAACCAAGGAUGUCAUGGUACGAUUGCAGGUCAGGGCACAUGCCCAGGAUACAGGCUCAAUCCCCAGUGUGAGGCUUGCAAGAGGCAGCCAAUCAAUGAUUCUCUCUCAUCAUUGAUAUUUCUAUCUCUCUCCCUUUCUCUCUCUCUAAAAUCAAUAAAUAUUUUUAAAAUUACUAUAAAGUAGUUAUUGAAAAGAAAUUUUAAAGUAUCAUGCUUCUAUCCUGCCUUAGGAGAGUAUUAAUAAUAAAGAUUUGUUAAUAACCAUUAAUCUUGAAAACUAUAUUUGAAUUAAAAAGAAAAUAUAUAAUCUAUUGUCAUCCCAAGAAAUAAGGUAUAUAUUAAAAAGAUUUGUUUGAGGGUUUAUUUAAAAAUGUAUUAGUCUUGAUUAGUUUACAUGAGGACUUUUAAAAUAAAUUUCACCAGCAAGGAAAAAACCUUCAUAAAGACUGGAAAAAGUUGAAUGAUGUAUUGUUAUUAAAUAUUUAAAAAAUUUUCAAGAGAAUUUUGUUUUUAA